AAGCCAGCUGUUCCUGUGUUUUUGGCUUGGUAUCCCCAGCCAUGAUGCGAUGAAUUCUCCUGCGGUGGUUUUUGAGUGAUUUCAGGUUUGGAUAUGUUCGGGAGCUAAUUUUCCCCGAUUUUUGCCAAUAUCCAAUGAAUGCAACAUUAGUUUCCGAGGAUCCCUGAAGGCAGCGUUUUCCCCGCAUCAUUCUGCUCAGUUUCAGUUAGCAGCAGGUCCGUCUGUCCGCCGCUCAGGUGAGCGUCGACUCGUCCUUUUGUGUCAAAUGCCGAAACCUCCAGAUGAGAAACUACAUGCCCGCUGACUGGAAUGUGUCCUCGGACUCCCUGAAACAAACCGGACUGUUUGGAGGAGGAACAAAUAAGAAAAAAAGCGGCGCUAGCGGGUCGUAAUGUUAGCCCCAACACGACAGGUGCACCGCGGCUUCGAGGUUUGAGACGUGAGCCUGAGAUCAUUUACAGCUCUUACAUCUCUGGAAAUCAGUGUCAAAGACAACCGAUAAGGACGAAUAUUACCAAGUGUUAAUACCGACAUGGCCUCGGCGCAGACGGAGCAGUCCAGAGUCCUGCAAGAGGAGCUCACCUGCCCGGUCUGCCUGGACCUGUACCGCGACCCUCACUUGCUCCCUUGCGGCCACAACUUCUGCAAAACCUGCCUGGACCGCCUAAAGCGCCAAUCGGACCGAGGCCACUUCCGCUGCCCGGAGUGCCGCGACAGCCACCGGUGCGGCACCAACUUUCAGAAAAACUUCAAACUAGCCAAUAUCGCCGACGACUACCGUCACCGGCGCAGAGCCACCACUGCAGCUGCUGCAGCUUUGAAAUCCAGAGAGUUGCUGGCGUCUUCUCUGCCGCCUCAGCAAGCCGGGAGUCGGUUAGCCGUGCCGUGUGAUUACUGCCCCUCAAUCGCUGCCGAGGCAACGGGCGUCGGUGCUGUUGGGGACGGCUCUUCUGCUGCCUCUGUUUCUCAGGAAGGGGACGACAAGCAGGAGGCGUCUGCUGCUGCCGCCGCUGCUGCUAAUGUGUCAGUGUUUGCGGUCAAGACGUGCCUGAAGUGUGAGGUGUCGAUGUGCCAGGAGCAUGUGAAGCCACAUUUGGAGCUGCCGGCGUUCCGUGAGCACCCUCUGACAGAACCGAUGAACGACUUCUGGAAGAGGAAGUGCCCGGAUCACGAGGAGAUCUACAGAUAUUACUGCAUGGAUGACAAGAUGUGUGUGUGCAACGCCUGCACUAUAGAAGGAGGACACUCAGGACACACAAUCAAGACCCUGAAAAACACGAUGAAAGAUCUAAAGGGCACGCUGGAUAAGCAUCUGUACCGGGUCGAGAGGAAGUACAGCCUGGCAGAGAAAAAACUCCAGGAGCAGAAGGAGAAGGAGAGACAGAAUAAGAAGUUUAUGGACGACUCUGAGCAGUGCUUGAGCAGGCUGGGUGAGGAGAUGAAGGCCAAAGUGAUGCGCUUCGUCACCAGAUUGCAAGAAUGCUCGCGCACUCACUGUGACACCAACGGGCCAGCCAUUCAGAAGAACAUAUCCAGGAUCUGCCAGGACCAGGCCCGUCUGCAGGAGGUCCGCUGUGGCAUCGAAAGUCUCAUGCAGGAGAACGACCCUUUCCGCUUCAUCGAGGCAUACAAGACAACAGGAAAACAGUGCCGUAGGCAGCUCAGAAAAAACAUGUUCUACCCAGAAUACGUCGACAUGGAGACAGAAGUUCUUGGAGUGAUGAUGGAAGAAGAAAUGAGGAAAUUCCUUGAUGAGGAACUAUUGUGUCCCAUCCUUGCUGCCGUUCAUUCCCUGUGUCAUCUUUCGGAUCUGGAGGAGGAGGAGGACCAGGAGGAGAACGAGGAGGAGGCAGUGGAGGAGGACGACGACGAUGACGACGACCUCGACGACAGCAGCGUGGAGGAAAUGAGGAGCGAGGGGGAGGAGGAGGAAGAUGAGGAAGACGACGAAGACGAAGGACACGACCAGAGCGAACUGGCCGAUGAUCUUUACAGCCCGGGGGAGGAGGAGGAAGAGGAGGAGGAGGAGGAAGAGGAAGAAGACGACGAGGACGACGAUGGAGAAGACGACGAUGACGAAGAGAGAGGAAUUUAACCGUGAACAGGACUUGUAUACAUCUAUUUUUACACCUUUUAAAGCACUUUUGGAACUGUGGGUGAGUGCAACAGAUGUUAAGGUUGUAACAUCCGUUUUCAGUGUUGCACUCUUCUCUUUGAAUGUCCCAUGUACAGUUCAGGACUCGAGCAGCUACCACAUUUUGCCUCAAACCCUUCAACAAUAUCCUGAGAUGACACACUGGGCGAGCUUCGACUCAGCUGGAUUUAAAACGAACCGCACUGAGAAUCUACCAAUGUGAAUCUCACGCUAAACCUGUGUUGCAUACCGCUAAACUUAACUAAGGUGCUUUAUAGUAGAAGACAUUUGCUGUAUACGUAAACACACGGAUGUGAAUGUACAGUGACAGAAUGUGGCUGGAAGGACUCAAACAACUCCAAAAAAAAAAUUUGGCAAAAACCUCUGCAUGUCUGCAAUGCCGGAUUUUCUACUAUUUUGGUAAAUAAUUUUGCAAAAUAUAUGACGAAUUUGCCUAAACAGAAUGGAUUAGAUUUGAUCUAAUUUGUUUUGAGAACUUUGACCUGGUCACCUGAAUUUUUGAUAUAACAGGUGCUAGGCAGAAAUAAUUUCCUUUCCAAGUAUUGAUAAGAAAAUAUUAGAAUUUCUUGAGUGUCCCAGUUCUCCAUCACCAUAGAAAGCCUUUUGAUCUGCAUCAUAUAAACAGGCCAACAAGUAAGAAAGCAAACAAUCGUAGAAACAAUCUACUUGAAUGAAUCCAGUUGUGAUUGUUUCAUCCAUACGACAGUUUAACAUUGCAAGCCAAAGAGUAAGGAUGUGUGUGUGUGCGUGUGUGUGUGUGCAUGUUAAAGUUUUGUUUGCUUGGCAUGAUAUUAGAAAUGCAAUGUGUUAAUAACAGUCUACAUAGGCUAUAGGGUGUCUUUGCUUUUCAUAGUAAUGCUUUAAAAGCGGCUAAUGCAUUGUUUUAAAAAAAUGUUCCUAUGCACAGUUCAUACAUUACUCAUAAAAUAUCAGUUUCAGGUGAUGAGGAAUUUUGCACUUUACUACAAAAAAAAUGCUAUGUUAGGCCUGAAAUGUUUGAAUGUUAAAAGUUGAUUUUUAUUUUGAUACGAGUGACUUUGUGAGGGGCCAAGCUGAUAAAAUGAAUACAUAUUAAUUAUAAUAAUAAAGCCUGUUGAAAUGUGAA